AUGACCAUUGCCUCUAGAGCUCUCUUUAUCUUCCAAAAAUCAAUCACAAUAGCAACAACCACUCUAACAACAACACAAAAGCCUCAAAAUUGGAGAACCCAAUUCAAACAAACUCAAUUAGUUUCCCAAAUUUCUUCCAUUCUCUUACAAAGACGAACAAAUCACUGGCCUUCACUUCUCAAAAACCUCAAACUUUCUCCAUUUCUCUUCCUUCAAAUCCUCCACAGCACCCAAACUAACCCACAAGUUUCUCUAAACUUCUUCCAUUAUGCCAAGAACAAUCUUGAUUUCCAACCUGAUGCUAAAGUUCUUUGUACACUGGUGUAUGUACUUCUCGGGUCCGGACUAUCCAAACCCGCAAAACCCAUCUUGGAUUCUCUCAUUCAAACACACCCACCAGCCCAAAUUGUCGGUUCCUUGAUUCAGUCAUUGAAAGAGUCUGAAAUUUGUGUUCAGUCUACAGUGUGGAGCUCAGUUCUUGAAUGUUAUUGUAGUAAAGUUUUGUUCUUGGAAGCUCUUCAGGUUUAUCAGAUACUUAGAGAUUGUGGUUAUUUGGUGUCUGUUAAUUGUUGUAAUAAGUUGCUUAGUUUACUGCUUAGUAAGAAUGAGUUAAGACUGGGUUGGUGUUGUUAUGGUUCGAUUAUUCGUAAUGGGGUUCAGGAGAAUGUGGUUACAUGGUCUUUAAUUGCUCAAAUGCUUUGUAAAGAUAAGAAGUUUGAGCAAAUUGUUCGUAUUCUAGAGAAGGGGGUUUGUAGUCCUGUUAUGUAUAAUCUACUUAUAGACGGUUACUCGAAGAGAGGGGAUUUUGAAGCUGCAUUUGGUUAUUUAAAUGAUAUGCGUAAGAAAUGUAUUGAUCCUACCUUUAGCACUCUUAGCUCAAUUCUUGAUGGUGCUUGCAAAUAUCAAAAUGCCGAGGUGAUUGAAUCAGUGAUGAGUUCCAUGGUGGUAAAAGGAUAUCUCCCGAAAGAUGUGACACCGGACUAUGAUUCUGUGAUUCGGAAGUUUUCUGAUAUGGGGAAAAUAUAUGCAGCUGAGUUGUUUUUCAGGGAAGCUUCUAAUAAAAAGAUUAAACUACAAGACAAUACUUAUGGCUCGAUGCUAAGGGCGUUCUCCAAGGAAGGUAGAGCUGAAGAUGCUAUUUGGAUGUACAACAUUAUACUUGAGAGAAAAAUAUUUACUAGUGACAAAUGCUAUAGUGCCUUCAUGAGUGUCCUAUGCAAUGUAAAUUCAUCACUGGAAGUUAGCGGCUUGUUGAAAGACUUGAUAGGGAGGGGAUUCGUUCCUCCCAUAUCUCAAGUAUCUAAAUUUAUAGUUUCUCUGUGUGAAAAGCAUAAGUGGAAAGAAGCUGAGGAGCUUCUGAAUGUAAUUUUUCAAAGAGGACUUCAGUUUGAAUCUUUUUGUUGUUGCUCUUUGGUGCGGCACUAUUGCUUUAGCAGAAGGAUUGAUUCUGCCGUCUCUUUACAUACUGAACUAGAGAGACUUGGUGUUGCUUUAGAUGUAGAGACCUAUGGUAUAUUACUUGACAGAUUGUUUAAAUUAAGACGGCAUGAAGAAGCUCUAAGGAUCUUCAAUUACAUGAGAACUCAUGACAUGUUAAGCAGUGAAAGUUUUUCAAUCAUGAUAAGAGGGUUAUGUCAGGAAAAGGAAUUUAGAAAAGCAAUGAGAUUGCAUGAUGAGAUGUUGAAAUUGGGGCUUAAACCCGACAAAAAAGCAUAUAAGCGUUUGAUUUCUGGGUUUGGCUAA